GAAUCCGGAAGUGUUAUCGGAAAAUUUCCUUAAAACAACCAGCGAUGUCGGCGGGUGGCGGAGACAGCACUUACGACGUGCAGUUGCACUGCUACGAUUUUAAGCAUGGCAAAAGAGGAAGAGCAAUAAUAUUUAACCACAUGGAAUAUGAUCCAAAAACUAAAAUUCAAAAAAGACUUGCUUCUAUUUGUGAUGCCAACAUGUUGGUGGAAACCUUCAAGAAGUUAGGUUUUGCUGAAGAUGAUAUUCACAUCUAUCAUGGAAUACAUGUGCAGCCAGGGUCAGAAUCACUCAUAGCUAAGGCAAAUGGGUCUGAGAAAGAUACCUCUGUUGCUUAUGAAGAAUGUCAGAAGGCCUUCCAGGCAGUACUAAAACAGAAAAAAAUUCUCCCAGAAAACAUCAGGUUUUACAAAGGUUCAAAAUUAACUCAAUUAACUUCAACAGAAUCACUGAAGAUUAUUGAAGAAGCUGCAAAAGAUGAAAAAUACAAUGAAGACGCUGACUGCAUUGUGUUUGCUGUACUUUCUCAUGGAGGUGAGGUCUCAGAUGCAUCAGAUGAUCCAGUUCGCCAGGGUUUCAUUCAUUGCUACGAAGGUCCUCUUCAUAUUGAACUGUUUAUGAAACCACUGCGAGACGACACAUGCUUAUCACUAAAAGGAAAGCCAAAGUUGUUUUUCAUACAGGCAUGUCGAGGGACUGGACUUGAUGAUGGUGUUCUGGUCCAAGAAGAUGCCCAUUCAGGCAAAGUUUCAGCAGGCCCACCACGGACAAUAACUUCUACCCCAGUAGAAAUGAGAAACAUCCCAGCAUUUAAUAACUUUUUGACAGCUUACAGCACUCCUCCAGGAUUUUUCUCAUUCAAAGGACCAAAUGGAUCUUAUUUCAUAAUAAGCCUCUGUUCAAAGUUAAAUGAGCAUUAUAGUAGUGGAAUGGACCUCAUAAGAAUAUUGACAAGAGCAAGUAAUCACAUGGCUAAGGAGUUCACCUCCAAAACAUACAGUCCUACAUCAGGCAGGGGUGACCCAGCACUCCAUGAGAAGAAACAGGUGCCUGUCAUCGUCUCUAAAUUGACUAAACUGGUCGUUUUCACUGCCAAUUGAUUGGCUUAAUGAAUAUAAACAUUGUCUCAAAUUUGACAGAAUUGAGCAUCUUUACUACCAAUUUAUUGGCUUUAUGAAUUAGUAUACAUUGUCUCAAAAAUUGACAGAGUGAUCGUCUUCACUACCAAUCAAGAUUUAAGACACCACGUUGUUUUCCAUUGGCGAGGAACUUAGUACUGAUUGCGUUAAUGCUUUUACCUUAUAAUGACCAGUGUUGUUAAAAAGUAAAAACUAGAAAAUUUAGUCGGUCUUGAAAUUUUUGUUCGAAGAUGACUCUCUGCCGUCUCGAUAAUUUUGAAAAGUUUUGUCACCUUAUGUGGUCAUGUCGGAUUCAUGCAUUUGAAAAUAUUAAUUAAUUUUUAAGUGACGAAAUUUUCAAGUUUUUUUCCGUAAUGACUGUGCCUUAUUUGUUUAAUGUAAACUCUGUAUUCUAGUAUGAUUUUCAUAAGUUAUUCAAAUUCGCCGGGGAGGAUUGAAAUCCAUCUCCAUUUCUCACCAUUAUGAAUUGUAUGUGCUUCUUUUCAAAUCGCAUUGUUUUAUGUACAACCAUGUAAAAUGUAAAAUGUUUUUAACCAUAUAAAGACACAUUGAGGUCGUAUUAUGGCAAUAAUUCACAGGUAUCUCGCCAGCAAAGUUUUUUUUUCACAAACGAAGAUUGUCUGUACAAAAAUUUUUAAAAUAUGUAAAUGAUAUUAAGAUAAUGAAAUUGUACCAAUGGUUUCACAAGACGUUGUAAAUUACUGAAGAAAGAGCAAACAAUUAUUCGUCAAAGUGUCAUUUGAACGGAAAUACAGUGUAUAAGUUUUC